AUGUAUUCAGGGUUUUGUGUCAAGUUAAAGUCUAAAAAUCAAGAAAAAGUGUUUGUGAACAUAUGUACUUCUGAAAAAGUUCCAGUUCCCAAGGAUUUAUCUGAAGAAGAAUUAAGAGCAAUCCUUAAUGAUAUUGAUAACUCCCCACCUUUCAAAGUCCCCAUGUGCAUAGGAGAGCCACAUGCUGAAGUCGAUUCAGCUCAAAAAGGUUGUACCGCUUAUGAUGUCAUAAUCAAUCCACAGUUCUACCAGAAAGUCAAAUCAUCAGAAUUGUUUGAGGCAUUUUUGAUGACAGUGAUAUUUGAGGGUUUGGAAAAUAAGUACGGUAUCGAACUUGAAAGAAGCUGGAUUGUUUUAAAGAAUAAGAAAUGUAUGGGUAAACCACAAGAACAGUGUAUUCGAACUUCUAGUCGUCCUGCAAUUAUCGAAAUGAAUGAUUCUCCACCACCAAAACCAAAAGUUAUAGAGUUACCUGAUCCACCUUUUAGAGGUUAUACUCCCAAGUAUGAAUUAGUAAAAGUUAAGGAUGAUGAUAAUGGGAAAGUACGUUACUUAAUUGCGCAUAUAACCAUGCCAAAACUGAUUUCUAGUAAUGGAUUAGACUUAAAAGUUGGCAAUGAUCUCCUUCAACUAGAUAGUCAUGGUCAAAUUUAUUCACUGGAAUUACCACUUGAUACUUUUGUCAAUGAAGAAGAAACUACUGCGGAAUUUAAUCGAGAUACAAAAAUUUUGACAGUCACAAUGCCGGUGUUAACUGUUCAAGAACCAUAA